AUGGGGUGUUCUCCCUCCCCCCUCUUGCCCUCUGUUGCUUCUGCUGCUGCGGCCGACCUCGCUGGUUUCGAGUCGGACGGCGCUGCGUCUGUCCUUAGCAGGAAGCGUCGCACCGGCAAGGGCAAGGUGGGCAAGGGCGCAGGGGGGGCCAGUGGGGGCAGUGGAGGUGGUGGUGGAGGCCGUGGAGGGGGUGGGGGUGGUGGUGGGAGUGGUGGUGGGGGUGGAGGUGUAAGUGGCAGCAGUGGAGGCGGAGGAGGCGACGGUGGUGGCGGAGGGAGCAGAGGCGGCGGUGGUGGCGGAGGCGGCGGAGGUGGUGGUGGAGCUGGUCGCGGCUCUGCGCAGAGGAGUGGCUCCGGUGGUGGUCCGCGCCAGCAGCAGCAGCGCGGUCGUGAGACCAUAUCCCCUCAGCAGCUUCGUGAGUGGGCGGGGGUAGCUAUCUUUGAUCUUGACUAUGAUGCUAUUCUUUCUGCCAUGUAUGCUGUGUCUACUAGUGAUGAGGGUGACUGUUACCUGUGUGUUCCGCCUGACCCGGGCAUUGAGGCUGCUGCUCUAGGUGCUGGUGAGGCUGCUACUCCAAGUGCUAGUGCGUCUGCUGCCCCAGGUGCUGGUGAGUCUGCUCUCUCAGGUACUACGUCGGCUCAGGCCUUGCACACCUUCACCAUUGACUCGGGUGCUUCCCGCUCCUUUUUUCGAGACCGCACCACGCUUACGCCGCUUAGUCCGCCGGUUGCGGUCUCCCUGGCGGACCCCUCUGGGGGUCCUGUCGGGUAG